AUGGUAAUGAUAGAUGAUACUAAUAGAUUCUUAGAAUGUGUUAAAAGGAAAUGUAAUGAUCCGUCAAUGAAAAAUAAAAUUUCAAAUCAAACAUUACUAAAAAAGAAUCAAACAAAAAAAGAACAUCAAACAGAUAUUAUCAUAAAAGCAUCAAUUUCAAUUUAUAAUACAAUUAAUACAUUAGAAUUAUUUUUAAAUGAACAUAAAGAAGCAUAUGUUAAUACAACUACACAUAUAAAAUCAAUGUCAUCAAAGAUGACAGAUGAAGAGAGAGAGGAGAUUGAUAAAUUAUCAACCAACCAAAUUGAAGUUUGUAAGAGUAGUAUUAAAUCAAUUGAAGAAUUAAUUAGAAAGCAUUAUACAGAUUUAUCAAAAAGUUAUAAAAAAGAGUUAUCUAAAUGGUAUGGUAAUAAAUCAAUAUCAUCAUCAUCAAUUGCAAUACUUGAUAUAAUAAGAGAUGAUCCUGCUGACUUUUUAAAUCUAUCUGAAACUGGUAGAUUAUCAUUAAGAGAAUCAUUAGAAAACUACGGUCCUAGAGUCGUACUCUAUAGCAAUAUCGUCGAUCAAUUAAAACAUUAUUUAAAUAAUGUUUCAAAUUCGUUUAAAAAGUUAAGAUCAUUCAGAUUAAAUUUAAAAUUAAAAGAAUCUGAAAAAUUAGGUAAUAAAGCAACUCAAGAUAAUACAACUUUAUUAAGAUUAAGAAAUAAACCAUCGUCAUCAUCAUCAACAAAAGAUCCAAAUUCAUAUAAUUAUGAAGAAGAAGAAGAGAAUGAAAAGAAAGUAACAACAAAAGAUUUAUAUGGUGGUGAUGGUGAUGGUGAUGAUGAUGAAUUUGAUGAAGAGGAAAUGCAAAUUUAUGAACAACAAAACUCUGAAUUAAAAGCUGAAUUAGAAACAUUAGCUGAUCAAAUUGAAGUUAUAAAUCGUCAAGUUGAAGAAUUAUCACAACUAUUUGAUGAAAUUACACCUCAUAUUUUACAACAUAAAGAAGUGAUUACAAAUAUACACACUACUACUAUUGAGGCAACAAAUUAUGUUACAAGAGGAAACAAUCAAAUUUAUGAAGCAACAAAGAAAAGUUUUGAUUUUAGAGUGAUGGUUUUAAUAUUUUUAAUUAUUUCUUCAUUAAGUUUAUUGGUUUUAAAUUGGUACCAAGAUUAA